AUGGAUGCGAUUCAGUCAACAGCAUGCCACCCUCCUCAUGACCGGCCAAGGGCAGCCGAUUACGGCGCCGUCAUCCGACACCUUACAUUUCUGUGUCAACAAGUCGAAGCUCUCGCGACUCCUCUGUCCGCGCCGGGCCUACCACCCCAUCACUCGGCACUACCCUCGGCACUUGAAGCUCAAGGUCAUCGUGCGUCUACGCCCAGUGCAGCUCGAGGAGGCCGAGGCGGAGGAGGAGGACGACCAGCUUCUGUGACAGGCGUUCAAGCAGCUUUCGGUGGUGGCGGACGAGCAAAGCGAGAUCUCAGACAAACUGGCAAAGAUGUCAUCCGAAUUCCAAAGUUGGUGCUUGUCGGAGGCCAGAGCACAGGUAAAAGCUCUCUAGUUGAGUGUCUCGCCGGGGUCACUCUUCCACGAUCGCAAGGAACCUGUACUCGCGGCCCGCUCGACAUUACCAUCACCGGAACCACACCUGCCGAGGAAGGCGAAGGGUGGUCAGCACUCGUCUCCAUCGUCCUACCCACGUCCAAGAACGACCUUCCCCCUGCUUGUGAGUCCUGCCCUGGCGGCAUCAUCAGAUUCGGCGAGCCUAUCAACGACCCUGCUCUUGUCGCAGAUCGACUCAGACGGGCCACACUCGCCGUUCGGGAUCUGCGCAACCUACCCACUUCCUUCAUGUCUUCUCCCAAGCCUACCGACAAGUAUCUCAUUCCUGCCUCGCCUUAUCAGCACAUGUCGCUGGCUCAGCUCGAAGACGCUGAAGACGACCCGGACUCACCUCUGCCGACGUUCUUCCCCGUUGGAGCACGUCUCAGUCUUUCCAUCCGUGCACCAGGCGCCGAGCCUUUGUGCUUCACCGAUCUGCCUGGUCUCAUCUCGGAAGGCAGCGCUUUUGAGAUCAAUGCAAUCCGCAACAUGAUCUUGCGCGACAUCUCUGAGUCCAACACGGUCAUUGUUCUUACGGCUUCUCUUGCCAUGGACAUCCGUCACCAGAACGCCUUCUCCCUCGUCAAGAGCAUUGAUCCGAAUGGAGAACGCACUGUUGGUGUCUUGACCAUGCCCGAUCGCAUGCCCUCGGGUGCUGAACGUCAAUGGGCAAAGAUGAUCAACGAGUCAUCUCCCGGCGGAAUGAACAGCAACAACAACAGCACCGUAAGUUCAGGCUCGAACAGCAAGCACUUCCUUAAGCACGGCUGGCAUGUUGUUCGCUGCCCUGCCCAGCACGAAGACCGUUGCAACAUUCGCGAGAUCGAGGACAACUUGUUCUUCGCAAGCGAUCCUGCUCCUGGACCUUGGCUUGAGACCACAAAAAUGCUCGACGUUACCGGCGAGAACGGCAACGAGGACUUUGUGCAGAUGCGAUGCGGCUUGGACAACCUCUACCAGCAUCUUAGCCAUCUCUUGCUCCAGCAGAUCUACACCGCUCUGCCCAAUACCAUUGCAUCCAUCAUCGCCCUCAAGGACGAGCUCAUCGCCGAACACGCCAACGCCACUGCUUCCGACAACGUCGACAAUGGUUCAGCCAAUAGUCGUUUUGCCAGCUCCUUUCAUCGAUCUCGAGUCCCUUUCCCCGGCGGCAGAGACUUCUCGCCUCUGCCCGGAAGAGCAGCCAACGGACACCGCUUCGGUCAAGGCAUGUCGCACACUGGAGGCGUGGAAGGGUUCGACACGAUCAUGGAGCUGGUCAAAACGCUGGAAGCCAUCACCAAGCAUCUUUACUUUUCCAAAAUGGCUGUCAUCCAGGAGUUAGUGCCUUACCUUGCGCGAGAGCUGAAGCUCAUUGCUCCCGUCUACCUCCCCUUUACCGCACGCGAGAUUGGGGACAGGAGCCUCGUCAACAUGUACAAGCCGACAGUGUGGUCAUUCGAACGUGAACUUGCCGCUGAGGUCUCGAACAAGCCUAGCUUCCGCUACGUUGAUGUCGAAGAGCCUCACCAGCUCGAGGAAGAUGCGAGUGGAUAUCUGGACGACGUCGAAAUGGUAUUCGCCUUCGAUGUCCACAAGGCCGAUUAUGGCAUGAGACCGAGCGGUCAAAUGCCCAAAACUCCAACACCAGCAGUUGGAAAGCCGCAGCAACUCCGAAAAAAGCCAAUCACGGUGGACGACCUGAUUGAAGCGCUCUAUGGCGAUUCCACAUGCAACUUCUUCAUCGAGUUUGCCAAUCAGCUUCAGCGCAACCACGGUACGUUGCAAGAGAAGUUUCAAGCCUUCGUGCAGAAGUACACUGGUCUCUGCAGGGCUCGUCUUGCUCACCUGGUGAAGAACGCGAUCCCUAAGAACAUGCGAGUCAAAUAUCCGCAGCUGUGCAUCGACAUUCUCGCCAUCACCGACAAUUAUGUUCAAAGCGAGUUGACUAGCGAGAUGCAGAGGUUGUCGGCUAGAGUGGCUGUUCACCCACCCGAUGGACAUGGUGGUACCAACCGCGUUGACAGUGCCACGGAGCACGGCGAAGGGGCUGAUUUCACACCACGCACCGAAUACGGAACAUGGAUGGACCACGAGGUUGCCCUCUUUAUGAAGAUUCGCAUGAGCCUGUUGACCAAAACUAGGUUCGAUAUGGGUGACAAGAAGUUUGUUCCUGAAGCUAGUAGAAUGGUUGACUCUGCGAUCAAGAUUGGUCUGGUCCCUGACAAAGCCUUGGACAAAGGAUCAGCUGGCUCCAGCAGCGGCGGAAGACAGACCUGUGGGGGUGGUGGUAGCAAACUUGGAGGAUCUACAGCCGAGCCUGAUGCCGAUGCUCGGGAUACAUUUGCAGAGGUUCAUCGCACUCCAAAGAGAAAAAGCAAAGCUCAAUUGGCGGCGGAAGCAAAAGAAGCAUGCGAGCACAAUCCUCGCUCCCCCGAAGUAGGCAGCUGCGAAUACGAUGACGAACACAUUCUCUCGUCCACUCCUACUCCUACUGCCGCCGCAGCAGCUCGCAAACGGACACCAAAAUCCGCCUCCAAUGCACCUGCUCAGCCUUCAGAAAACGUCAAUAAUAAGCUCGCUCUGCUCUCGCCUUUUCUUGCGGUCAUCAACCCUUCGGUUUACGCUGCUUUGCAGUUGAUGGCUGAGCUUCGAGCCGAUUUCAACUUCUUCGCCCUCCUUGUGGCACGAGAAGCCCAACGAAUCCCUGUUAGCUUGGUGCAAGAUGUUCGAGCUUACCUUCGCAACUCUCUCCCUGGUACAAUUCGAGCCGAUCUUGGCGAGGAGGAGCUCUACAAACGAUACUUCUAUGAAGCAGACAAGCCUAGACGCGAAAGGGUCGAGUGGAUUGGAGAGCUGCGAAGUAGAGCGACAAAAAUCAGUGAGGUGGUGGAGAAGCUCGAGGUGGUAAGGGAACAGUUGGAGAUGGAACGAGCAGCCAAUGGCAGGGGUGCGAAGUGGUGGAGGAAGAGCAAGAACGGGGGUAGCAAAGUUGGUGCUAAAUAUCACCAGCAGCAGCAAGUUCAGACGGAGAAACAGGGUGAGACGAGCAUGCCUAAUGCUACUACGGCUCCUGUCACCCCUCCGCGGAAGACCAAGAAGAGCGCCACUACAACACCCACCGGCAUCACCCUUCCUCACGCCGAAAUUUCGAUCAAACCAAGCGAGAGUCAGAGUACCACGGUCACUCCGACUGCAAAGAAAACCUCUCCACUCACGCCAUGCCAGUCGAGAUCCAUGUUCAGCACUCCUGACAGCACACCUACCAAGCCGCCACGCUCUCAAAGCCAGCUGAGAACGAGCGUGACGCAGUCUAAACGACCCCCACCAAGCGAAGCUGAUACUCCAACUCGAGCCGCUCCCCGUCGGACAGCAAGCUCAGCUGCAGGUGGAUGGCAAGCGGUAAGGGAUGCGCAACUACACAACGAACCAUGUAGAGUCGUCAACUCUUCGUUCACUUUUGCUCGUUCAAAUUUUGCUGAGGAGGACUACGAUGAUGCUCCGUCGGACUAUCUUCACAAUCAACCGAGUCAAAGUGAUUGUGAGGGAGAAGUUAGAAGGAGUAGGAUUUGGGGGGAUAACGAUAACGAGCCCAUUACGAUUGGUUCUAGUGAUACUGAGGGUGGUCACUGGCAUUAG